GCAAAAAAGGCUCAUUCUUCGGAAGAACAGAGAGAGAAGCGUUUAGGGUUUCUUCGGCUGGCAACAAUGGCGGCGAGAGGUGCUUUGCUUCGAUACCUUAGAGUGAACGUCACUCCUGCUCUGCAAAACCCUAGUAUUAGUUCUGGGCAAUGUGCACUUCCCUUCAAUGCACUUUUUCGCCGUUUUUCCGAUGACGUCAGGGGCUCUUUCCUCGACAAAUCCGAUGUCACAGAUCGUGUAGUCUCUGUCGUCAAGAACUUCCAGAAAGUGGAUCCGUCUAAGGUGACACUGGAAGCCAAUUUCCAAAGUGAUCUCGGGUUGGACAGUCUAGACACGGUGGAGGUCGUGAUGGCAUUGGAGGAGGAGUUUGGUUUCGAGAUACCCGACAACGAAGCAGACAAGAUCCAAAGCAUCAAGCAUGCCGUCGAAUUCAUAGCUUCUCACCCUCAAGCAAAGUAAUGAUGGCCGGAAACCUCGGGUUCUGACGUGACGUGUAAGUCUCCGAUCUCCAUGUACGCCUCUUUGUUAUAAACCGAUGGUCUUUAGCUGAAUAAGGAAAACAAAAGAAAGAAGCCGCCGGACACAUUUGAAGAUUCAGACUGUGUUUUGCAACACAGUUUUUUGCUGUUUCUUUCUUUCUCGGUUAAAUGUUUCCGGAUUUGUGCUGGAUUCUUUGAAAAGAGUGUAUUGUUGUUCCAGACUUUUACCAACAUUAUGGGACGAAAGAUACGUUAGAGAAAUUUUCACCA